CCCCACCUCUCCUCUGCUAUGGAACGUCACUCCACGCGAAGAUCACUAGGACAGGUCUAGGGUGACUACUGUUGAUUAGUUGUAACCUUUUGCCGAUAUAUCCAAGCGAAGUGUUGAUAGCAACAGUGCACCACGUUACAUAGCUUGGAUGCUACCAAAAUUUGGAAACCGGGCCUUAAAUAGCGAAGAAAGUCAUGGAGGUGUCUCUUAGACUUCUCUUGAUCAAUCUCUCCACUCCAAAGUCAUAUUUGUAUUUUCCGUCAUUAUGUUUUGGGGUCAACUUGUUAAUAUAGGUCUUUUCCUUUCCCUUUCUAUAGGAGGGUACAGCCGAUUCGUCGCUAUCCCAACUAUACCGUUCAAUGGAACGAACGGUAUCUAUUCCCUGGCUCGACUCACCAGUAUUGUGGUUGAUGCGCGCUAUGCCGAUAUUGUAGAUAAUGAUGGUGCAACCCAAAUCCCACCUACGUUGCAACAAUUCGCCGAGACUUUCCAGAAGGACCUCCAGUCCACAGUAGGGAUUGAUAUACCGCUCACGUCUAGCAGGACGGCCGCGGCGAAUUCAAUCUUCUUCACGCUUACCAAUGACACCGGAUUCCAUGAUGCUGCCGGGAGAUAUACCUCAGAAGCAUACACCCUAACAAUAAACGAGAAUGGUGUGAAAAUAGCUGGAGCCAGUCCACUAGGUGCUUGGUGGGGAUCGCGGUCAUUGAUUCAGGCGGCGGCCGUCAGCGGCGACGCCCUUCCUCAAGGAUCUGCAGUGGAUGCGCCUGGGUGGGCUAAUAGAGGUAUCAUGUUGGAUGCUGGGCGCCACUUUUACCCCCCUGAAUUUCUGGUCGAAAUGUGCGCAUUCCUAUCCUUUUUCAAACAGAAUGCAUUUCACGUGCAUUUGAGCGACAAUCUCUACAACAACGUAGAUCGGUAUUCUGCUCAGCAGUCGAUGGAUCUGUACGCAGCAUUCCGCCUAUGGUCGGAGGAUCCUGCGGUAGCUGGGCUCAAUAAGCGCGCCAAUGAAUCGUAUACCAAGGAACAAUUCGAUACCGUCCAACAACAGUGUGCCCGACGUGGUGUCACUAUUAUCCCUGAAAUUGAAGCUCCAGGUCAUGCGCUGGUCAUCACCCAGUGGCGGCCUGAGCUAGCCCUUGACGAUCUCAGCAUGCUCAACAUUACUCACCCAAAUACUAUUCCUACUAUGAAGGCCAUUUGGAAGACCUUCUUGCCCUGGUUCCACAGCAAAACCGUUCACAUAGGUGCAGACGAAUAUGACAAAGAUCUAGUGGCAGAUUAUACAUCUUUUGUUAAUACGAUGCGGGACUAUAUCUUCAAAGAAUCGGGCAAGGACAUGAGAAUCUGGGGCACCUUCAUCCCAUCGCAGGGUGCCAAUGUGUCCACGGACGUCUCCAUCCAGCAUUGGGAGUUCUUCGAGGAUAAUCCUUACUUCGACUACAUCAAGAAUGGAUAUAAUGUGCUCAAUUCGGACGAUGCGUUCUACAUUGUAGGCAAAUGGUCCGGUAGCUACCCAUCCACGCUGAACAAGACUCGUGUGUUCUAUGGGAAUCCCGCCGGCGGGGCUUAUGCUCCCAAUAUCUUCGACACCAAAAAUACCACCAACAAUCCUCCUCGGAAUGACCCUCGCAUCCUCGGUCACGUUGCGGCUCUAUGGAACGAUUAUGGUCCAAAUUCUACCACGGUCCUUGAAACAUAUUAUUCGUGGAGGGAUACGCUUCCAGCCUUGGCCGACAAACAAUGGGGCGGAAGCAUUCUAGAGGAGGAAUAUGAUGCAGUAUUUGACAAGAUCCACGCUGCAAUCCCUGGGCAAAACUUAGAUCGUCGUGUACAGAGUCACACUGAUACCAUACUACAUUAUAAAUUCGACAAGAACAGCGAGACUGUCGGUGACCAUUCUGGGAACGGCUAUGAUGGAAGCAUACAAGGAUGCCACGUCCAAAACUCCACUCUCGUACUUUCCAACGGCUGUUAUGUGAACACCCCAUUAGGGAGCAAAGGGAGAGACUACACGUUAUCAUUCUGGGUGAACCCCACGUCACAAACCCCAGGUACCCUCUUUGCCGGACCCGACUCGGCCCUUCUAAGCGGAAACGGGUCGAUUAGCAAUAUAACUCUGAUAAGCGGUGGCAACCCAUACUCACUCAACUACAGUCUUCCUCUUAAUACGUGGACCCAAGUGCAAUUAAUUGGAAAGGGCAAUCGAACUCUGCUCAGAGUCUCCGAUUCGGGUGCAGGAUCUACAAGUCUGGAGUUUCUUGCGCGUCUAGGGAUCAAUGGCGAAAGCCAAGUUUGGGCUCCAAUUGGAAUCGAAGCCCCUCUAGCCCGCAUAGGGGAAGGUUUCAAGGGGAUGAUGAAAGAGGUUGUUCUACGAGGGAGUGUUGAGUGAAGGGGUCUCAUAAGAUCUGUUUUCAUGGGUUUUGUGGCAUGGGCAUACUUUACAAUAUAAUACCGAAGGUUCUUAUAUACAGAACAGCAAUUAUAUAAUGCUCUAGCAGAAUUCAAG